UUAACCUCCGUUGUAACUGUGAUUGCAUGAGCUUGACUCCGAACUUGGUGGUACACAGUAAAGCGUGGCUGGAGCUCCUCCCCCGAUUUGAAUGGAGACAGGCUAGUCAUUGCUCGUCAUUUGUUGAUUCAAGUUGGGGUACAGUGUUAACGCGAAGGCCUUUCUGAUCGAUCACUCUUUUGAGCAGCUUAGCAACGGCAGCGAAGUUAGCUAACGAGAACAGUGACGAGUUGCUAGUUAAGUAGAUGUUAGCUAGUUGCGUAGUUUGACAGCUAACGCUAACUAGCUAGUCUCAUUCGUAUUCGACGUCAGUUUCAAAACAAAGCCCGCAAAACCGAGAAGUUAAGACUCAGCUGUCAUCUGCACAUUAUCUUGCUAGCAAAAAGCUAGCCAGGUUGAAGUCCGUCAAACGACCUAUGAUAAAUCACGCUAUCUAGAUAAUGUUUUAUACGCCCAGUUAAUGGAAUUUCGCUGUUAAAGAAGCUGUCAGCAGGGUUGAUUGAGACGACCUGAUAACUAAUCCAGGAGCUAGCCUUAAUUAAACUACGUAUUUCUGUCAAUAAAAUUAAAUCUAAGUUUUCUUUGAGGCUUGAAUUUAAAUGUCCGAAAAGAGUUCAUCGUCCGGUUCGGAUGAGGAUGUGGACCCAGAAUCCGGUCAGCCUGUGGAGCUCGGAGGCAUUUUAAGCAAGUGGACAAAUUACAUACACGGAUGGCAAGACCGAUGGGUUGUUUUGAAAAACAAUACAUUAAGCUACUACAAAUCGGAGGAUGAACGGGAGUAUGGUUGCAGGGGAUCUCUGUGCCUCAGCAAGGCUGUCAUUACACCUCAUGAGUUUGACGAGUGUCGUUUUGACAUCAGUGUGAAUGACAGUGUUUGGUACCUCAGAGCUCAGGAUCCUGAGCACAGACUCCAAUGGAUUGAGUCGAUCGAGCUGCACAAGGCUGAGUCUGGUUAUGGUUCAGAAACCAGUCUGAGGCGUCAUGGGUCCAUGUUGUCUCUCACCUCUGCAGCCAGUGCCUUGUCUGCCACGUCAACAUCCUCCUUCAAGAAGGGGCACAGAUUGCGUGAGAAACUAGCAGAAAUGGAAACAUUCCGGGAUAUUCUGUGCAGACAAGUGGACACCCUGCAGAAAUACUUUGACUCUUGUGCUGAUGCUGUCUCCAAAGAUGAAUUUCAGAGAGACAGAGCAGUCGAGGAGGAUGAAGAUGACUUUCCUACCACUACAAGACCUGAAAGUGAAUAUAGUCACAACAACAAUGGCAGCAAAGAGAAAUUGUUUUCCCCUGCCAGUCCUAAAGGUAUCAACGGGAUAGACUUUAAGGGUGAGGCCAUCACCUUCAAGGCCACCACAGCAGGCAUCCUCUCUACACUGUCCCAUUGCAUCGAACUGAUGGUCAAACGAGAGGAGAGCUGGCAGAAGAGAUUGGACAAGGAGCUGGAGAAGAGGAGGAGGGCAGAAGAUGCCUACAAGUCUGCCAUGCAUGAGCUGAAGAAGAAGUCACACUACGGAGGCCCAGACUAUGAGGAGGGGCCCAACAGCCUGAUCAAUGAAGACGAGUUCUUUGAUGCAGUGGAAGCUGCACUGGACAGACAGGACAAGAUGGAGGAGCAGUGCCAGUCAGAGAAGGUCAGAAUACCUCGGCUAACGCCAGUUCCUCCUGGAGAUGUCUACGCCACCCCUGGUAUACACCGAUUUGCCAACAAGGUGGAGGAAAUGGUGCAGAAUCAUAUGACGUACUCUCUUCAGGAUGUGGGCGGUGAUGCCAACUGGCAGCUGGUAAUAGAAGAAGGAGAGAUGAAGGUGUACAGAAGGGAAGUGGAGGAGAACGGCAUUGUGCUGGAUCCUCUCAAAGCUACACAUGUUGUGAAGGGGGUGACAGGUCAUGAGGUCUGCCACUACUUCUGGGACACAGCUGUCAGAAUGGACUGGGAGACCACCAUUGAAAAUUUCAACGUUGUGGAAACACUUUCCGACAAUGCCACCAUUGUUUACCAGACGCACAAGAGAGUGUGGCCUGCCUCUCAGAGAGACGUGCUCUAUCUGUCAGCCAUAAGGAAGAUCUUGGCAACAAACGAAAACGAUCCUGACACAUGGCUGGUCUGCAACUUCUCUGUGGACCACGACAAGGCACCUCCCACAAACCGCUGUGUUCGUGCCAAAAUCAAUGUUGCCAUGAUCUGCCAAACGCUGGUCAGCCCACCAGAGGGUGAUAAAGAGAUCAGCAGAGAAAACAUCCUUUGUAAGAUCACCUAUGUUGCUAAUGUAAACCCAGGAGGCUGGGCACCAGCCUCAGUCCUCAGAGCCGUAGCCAAGAGAGAGUAUCCCAAGUUCCUCAAACGCUUCACCUCCUAUGUCCAAGAGAAAACUGCUGGGAAGCCCAUCCUCUUCUGAGCACAAACAGGCCUGUAGAGGAGCAAGUUAGCCCACAGGAGGGACUGCGUUGUUCAGCAUCAAACAGACUCUCAACUACAUGACCCAUUCAGCUGCUUUUAGCUUUCAGACAUGUAGACCACCACAUCAUCCAGGACGUCCCACAGGAUGCCUGCUUUAAAGGAGAUUGGUUUUACUGCUUUAAACCAUCAGUAGUUGUCAACUCUGCCACAUUAUAUUGGCUUAAUACCUUUUGUUGGUCAGGAGUACAUUUCUAUGUCAAUUCAAGAGCAAGUUUCCAGAGUUUCCUAAGUGAUUUUUGAAUUGUUGUUACUGAGUAUUUGCAUUUUUUGUAAAUUGUUUGUACAUUUCUUAUGAUCACAUACUUCUUGACUUAUUACAUUUGCUUUAAUUACUAGUAUUACAGCUACUUGUUCUGCUGCUGCUAAAGUUACUACCAUUAGAGAGGAAUGUAGAUGUUGUUUGGGGAAAGCAUUGAUGAGGUGUGAUCAUAUCUCCUCUUUCUUGCCUUUUCCUGUCCCUCCGGUGAUGACUCUGCAGUUUGAUAGAGGGUCUGAAUCUAAAGCUUUGAGAUCUUUAUAUUUCUUGAUUGUUAUAAAGUAGCUGUCAGACACCAUCGUGAACACAAUGUAUUGUACAGAGAGAACAGACUUAAGGUUUCAAUUAGUUUACCAAUGUGAGAAAUGUGAAUUUACUGUUAAAUGCUUGAAUUUGGUGACUCUAAUGGGCUGAGGAAACCCAAAGUGGGAAGUGAGGAACAUUUGUUAAGUCUAGUUAACUUAUGCUGGGUAUUAUUUUUGAUACUGGUAAUCAAUAUUUGGAUGUCUUGGAUGUAGUUGACUGAUGGAUGCUACACUGUGAUCAGUUGUCAGCAUGUCUCUGUCUUCAACCUUCAUGUCACACAUGGUUUCUGACAGGUACGUGCAAAUGACCAGCCACAGUGCAUGAUGUAAAGAUUCCUCUCUUUCAUUGAGAGACGAGUGGAUACAUUUCAUAUACUCUGGGUUGUUUUUCACCUUCCCCAUCCCAUGAGGCAGAAAGGAAACCGGUCAGGUUUGAACAUUAGUCCUGCUGCUAUUGUGAAGAGUAAGAAAGCUGUAAAAUGUUGAGCAAAACAUCAUCUACACCUCCACUCCCAGCUGCACUUCACCUGCCACACCGUAGUGUAGCGGGCUCCUGAUAAACCUAGCCCCAUAUUGCCUUAGACACCAGGAUGAACCCUGAAAGUCCUGGCUUUCUCUACUCUACAGCCACCACAUGUACAUUUAUCAACAACGAAAUGAAGUGGGGAGGAAAGGGGUCCGAAUUUCACAUCUUACCUCAAGAUUUCAGUUUGCUCUACUUUGUGUUUAAUGCCAUUGAAAGUUGGGAGUUUUGCAAUCAGUAGAUCUGCUUGGUGAAAAACGUAAACAUGUUUUCAGUCUUGGAGAUCAGGAAGGAUCUGGAUCAUUGUUUUCGCUGAUCAUUACAAGUGGUAGAUUUACGAGCAGUGUCAGCUGAAGAGUGCAUUUAGUGUUUUUAAUUUUGAUAUUUCGGCAGUAAUCUACACCUUUUUUUAAUUUCUAAGUUGUACAUCAGAAGUAUUAUUGUUUGCACUAAAUGUAAUGCAAUUUGACAAUGUUCUGUAAAUUAAAAUUGUUACACAAUGGAA